AUACUGUAUGACGAUGAGUUAAUCAUCGGAGCGGAGGAAAUACCGUCAUUUAAUCUAUAAGACAAAAAGCACAAAAAUUCGUCUUUUGUUUAAAAUCAUCGUGCAGGCGAGAUGCCCUUCUAACGACGCUCAUCGUUUCGAUACAAACUCAGUAGACCGUGACUAUAUCAAUAAGCGGAGCAGUCAUGGAAAAUCAUUUCCGUGCACACUUUGCAGGCAAUUAUAUUAUUCGGGAAGGAAAGAGAAAGAGUCAUAAUAAUCUUUUAAUUCUGUGUGAACCAUGCAUUAAAACUGUUUGACUUUCUUUUAUUUUAAAAGAACGCCUUGUGUGACUGUCUACGAGAGAGUCAACAAGAAACUGCUAUAUACCGUUUACUUACAAUGGUAAAAUUACUAGUUUUAUACCGAUCUGUCUUCGCAACAAAUGAAUAAUAACUUUUACCUUGUUUUACUGCAUGCAAUCAGGAUUUCGGAAGUACCUUACUGGACUGACAUCAUACUGACGUUCAUAAUCCACUGGUUAUUGACACAAUAAGGCUACAUAUAAACUGAAAUGGCAGAGGCGGAUUUCACAACAGAGGAACACCAAGGAACGGAGCCACCACAGGCAGACGACGAGAGCGACCUCGUCAAUGAAAUCGACAACGAAAACGACUUGAGACGUAUGAAAAGAACGUUAGAAGUAGAGGAUGGCGGAAACGAUAUCGGCAAUAAGGAGGACGAUGAUGAUACCAGUAUGGAUGUUACAGAUAGACUAGGCGAAUUCCCACGUCAAGAUGAUUGUAAAACAAAUGGCUUUGGUGCUAUGUCGGGGGCGAAUGACGGCGAAAGGCAAAUGUUUGUCCAUAGUUUCAGCGUGUCGACGUCGUCUUGGAGAUCGUGGUCAUCGAGAGUCGCUGCGACCACAAACAUCGGCACCGUGAUAAAGAAUAUCUCCCUCCUUCAUGCGCUGUGUUCUGUUCUCCUAAUCUUCAUGGGCAUUCUCGGGGCGGUCGCCAAGAGCUACAUGUCGUAUCUUGUCCUAACCAUCUGGAGUCCAAUAUUUGUCUUCUUUCCAACAAGUUUCACAGGGUUAUCGACUUCCAUAAGAUUGCGAAGUAGUUCUCUCAUUCAAAGAUUAAUCGUCUUGUCGACACUGUCGACGUUGCUUUCGUGUGGAUUGUGCAUGGUCUUCGCGUUCUUCAUAUUUCGGGACGGGCAGCUUGAUACCGAUUGUAGACCGUCCCCAGCCAUCUUAUCAUCCGAGUGUCGACAGUCGGUUUAUCGUGUCCUCAUUAAUGCCGUGAUCGUUUUCCUCUUCGUAAUUGAGUUGAUUGCUUCAGGUUCUUCUCUGCUCAUCUGCGUCAUCGUAAAAACCGGAUAUACAAAGACGCCCUCUGAUAGACAACAGCUAAUCUCAAGGACCAGUAGACCAAUGUCCUACAAAAGGCUCGCAGCGCAGGACGAAAGGACUGUCGACUAUUUCGAGGAUCGGGCGGAUUCGCUCGUAAAUAACAACUCAAGCAAUAUGUAUCAACGAAGUGUGAGUGCGCCAGCUCUUGUCAGUCUCUCUACAACUCAAACCUGCAAGAGCUAGACGAUUUGCAAGACGCAUCAAAUACUGAAUUUCUUUAAUACUAUAAAUAUAAAAUGAUGCAGGCAUUACUCGGCAAACUGGUAAAGAUGCAACGUGAGAUGCAAUACCUUGGAUGGAAUGAUUGGUGAUGAUGAAUUUAAAAAAGUACAGGAAAUUUAUGUGGGAUUUUUUUUUCUAGCUUGAGAAUACAGAGAAAUUGAAGUAUAGCCAAUUAA